AAUUUCCUAUCAGCCUAUUCAGACAACAUCACCAACAGCUUUGUCUGUGUGUGUGUAUGUGUACGGGAGCAAAGCAAGAGAGGGAGGCAGCGCACGAGCGGCAGAGAGAGAGCGCCACAGAGAGAGAGAGAGACAGAGCAGGGAAGGGGGAGGCUCCAUAUUCUUUCACCUAACCCCCCCACCACCGUCAAACCACAGGAAGGAGGGGCCAGACCCUAAGCUGCCAAUCAAAUCCGCUCGUGGCAGCCGGCAUUAUCUCAGCAACAAACUAUUGACAGAUUACAUGUCAAGGAGUUUAGUGCUUGAUUGAAGGAAGCCUCUUUUUUUUUUUUUAAAUCUAGUUACUUUUCCGCUGUAUUCCCUCCCUCCACCAACCAACAUUCGAAUGACUUUCUAACAGAGUUGAGUAAUAUUAUGAAAGUUACAUGUCUGAGAGGAUUUAACUUCGACUUCCCUGAAUAUGCUGAAAGGAGUUUAUGCACUGAAACGACCUCAGGAAAACCCAAGAUGGCCGCCAAAAGAAAAGGUGGCCUAAAACUCAACGCUAUCUGUGCCAAGCUGAGCCGCCAGGUGGUGUUCGACAGCAGCUCCCAGAAUGCAGAGGGAGACCAGAGUGUAGCAGACAACAGCGAGCGCGGUAGCUCCCACUACGAUGACAACGAGACCAACUUCCCCGAGAGCCUGAGCCUAAAUCAGAGCCUAGAGGAGGACCAGAAGAGACGCGAGGCCAUUGAGAAGUGGGUCAACGGCGAGUACGGCGAUGAGCCCCCAGCUCCUGACGACGAGCAGGAGCAAGAACUCAAAGUCAGCAAUGACGAAGAUGGCCCUCCUGAGGGCGUGUACAUGGUACAGCCCAAAGGCUGCAGCGAUGAGGAAGACAAUGGAGAGGAGGCCGAGCCUGCGGCGGGGUCUCAAGAUGGCAGUUACCCUGAAGACAAAGAAGCUGAAGACAGGCCUUCAAAAGAUGACGCCUACAUGCCGCCGAGUGAAGCCCAAAGUCGCCAAGCACCAUUCUCCUCCCCAGGAGAAGCGUAUGCCCUGCGAGACUAUGCAGCCAACACCAUGAAUGAAUUUCUGGGAAUGUUCGGUUAUGAUGACCAGCAGGUAAGGGAUGAGCUGACCAAGAAGAUCAGCUUUGAAAAGCUCAAAGCUGCUACCUCAGACCCCUCAUCCCUCAGCAGCGAGGAGGCCUCACGGCGUGCCCGCUUCUCCAAGUACGAAGAGUACAUUCGCAAGCUAAAAGCUGGAGAGACCCUACCUUGGCCCAUGCACGCUUCCCCGCCUAAACCAGACGACCUCAACUCAAAACUGGCUCAAGAUAAGAGCGCUACCAUGCUCCAGACCCCUGGUUGUCUACCAGGAGCCGAGGCACAGAUUUACCCCUCCAGCAUGGACCACAAACAGCCAGUAGCACCUCAGCUGGGUAAUUCUCAGCCCGCUAAUCCCUCUCACAUGCAGAACAUGGCCUCCCGAGCGUCCAAGUAUGACUUCUUUAUUCAGAAGCUGAAGAUGGGCGAGAGUUUACAGCAGCAGAAUGGUAAUGCUUACAAGAGACCCUCAAAGUACGACCUGGAGAACAUCAAGUUUCUGCUCCCCUUCAAACCCGGUGAGGGCAACCCUGACAUGGGCGGUUCCAUCGCCUUUAAGACUGGCAAAGUGGGUCGCCCUUCAAAAUAUGACAUCAGAACAAUUCCGAAGCUAAUGCCAGGAAAUCCCGAGGCCUCACUGGUGCCCAGUGUCCUUCCUACGCCACCGGGGAACCCUGCAGCUCCCGGUGUCCCCGCUGUAGGCGCACCUGGAGCCAGCAUAGCGCCAGGGCUUACAGUGGACCAGGCGGGCCACAUAAGUUUCAAUGCUUCUGACUACAUGAAGUCCAGCUUUUCCAAGACUGACUCCAUCACCACUGGCACUGUGUCCUCUGUUAAGAAUGGUCUGCCACCAGAUAAACCCGCCAGCGACGACAUCAACCUCUACCAGAAAUAUAUUGCCAGGUUCUCUGGAAGUCAACACUGUGGACACGUGCACUGUGCCUACCAGUACAGAGAGCAUUAUCACUGUAUGGACCCUGACUGUAACUACCAGGUGAGCAGGUUUACCAGUAAGCAGGAUGUAAUCAGGCACUACAACAUGCACAAGAAGAGGGACAACUCCCUGCAGCAUGGCUUCAUGCGCUUCAGCCCUCUGGACGACUGCAGCGUCUACUACCAUGGCUGCCACCUCAAUGGAAAAAGCACCCAUUACCACUGCAUGCAGGUGGGCUGCAGCAAGGUGUACACCAGCACCUCCGAUGUCAUGACCCAUGAAAACUUCCAUAAAAAGAACGCCCAGCUGAUCAACGAUGGCUUCCAGAGGUUUCGCGCGACUGAGGACUGUGGCACGGUCGGAUGUCAGUUCUACGGGCAGAAGACGACACACUUCCACUGCAGGCGCCCGGGCUGCACCUUCACCUUCAAGAACAAGUGUGACAUUGAGAAGCACAAGAGCUACCACAUCAAGGACGAUGCUUAUGCCAAAGAUGGCUUCAAGAAGUUCUAUAAGUAUGAGGAAUGCAAGUACGAGGGCUGUGUCUACAGCAAAGCCACCAACCACUUCCAUUGUAUCCGCUCCGGCUGCGGCUUCACCUUUACCUCCACCAGCCAGAUGACCUCCCACAAGCGCAAGCACGAACGUAGACACAUUCGCUCUUCUGGUGUCAUGGGCCUCUCUUCCACCUUCCUGGCACCAAAGGAUGAGCCCGAGGAAUCCAGCAACGACGACCUAAUGGACUUCUCGGCCAUCAGCAGCAAGAACUCCAGCCUGAGUGCCUCACCUACAACCCAGCAGUCCACUACUGUACCACACCUCUUGAGCACACCCACCACUGCUGUCUCCUCCUCAUCCACACCGGGCCACGCCCUCAAGCCGACCCCCUCGCUGCCCAGUGCGGGCCAGCGUAUGUCCACCCUGCUGUCUCAGACCUUGCCCAGCAACAUACCGGUGGCUCUUGCUCUUUCCAACAGCACCUUGGCCACCUCCAACCCGUUCUUCCCCCUUAUGUCCAGGCUGCCUCUCCAGCCACCUCCUCAAGCUGCUGGCCUGAUAUCCGCUGUGUCUUCAGGGGCCCACUCCAUGCCCACCGACUCACUGACCCAAGGCUGCUCCACAGUCGGGGCGGAUGGAGCCAUGCCAUCUACCCCAACCUCCUUUGCCACCUCCUCCAUCAUGGAGAAGAUCUCUGCAAGCAAGGGUCUGAUUUCACCCAUGAUGGCCAGACUGGCGGCUGCUGCACUCAAGCCAUCCGGCAGCCCAGACACAGGGAAUGGGCAGCCGGCAUCAGCCAGCCAGUUCAAUCUGGUUCAAGUGAAGCAGGAGCCAGUGGACGCCAACUCCGGGGCUUCCCAAGACUCCACACAGGAGCACAGCCUGGACCUGAGCAAGAAAGAACAGAGUAAUGAAUCAAACGGACACCCUGUACCAGGGAAUACAUCUCUUUUAUCCUCGCUUAUGAAUAAGAUGUCACAGGUGAACCCUGCCCUCUUCAAUGCAAUGAACCUGAAGACAGAGCUAGAGGCAGGUGAGGGUGGUGACUCCUCAGAGGCAGCACAGUAUCUCAGUAAAGUGCUGAAGAGGCCCCUGGCAGAAAAAGCCACCGAGAUCUGGAGGACAUACCUCCGCAGGUUUGACACGGAUGACUUCUGUGAAGCUCAGUGCGACUUCCUUCACAAAGUUCACUUUCAUUGCUUGGUAGAGGACUGCGGUGCCCUCUUCAGCACUGUGGAUGGGGCUAUAAAACAUGCUAACUUCCACCUCCGAGCCACCUUGAAAGUGAAGUCGGAGCCUUCGUUCGGUGAGGGCAAGGACUCCGGUGAGGGCGCCCAGCUGCAGCCUGUUGCCCCCGUCUCUAUGGCCAACAACCCCUCCAUGGAUGUUGCACACCUCUCCUCCUCUGGCGGAUACAGCUCUCCUCCCCCCUCCCUGCUGGCCUGGAAGCAGCUGACGGGCAGCAUCCCUCAGAUGCCAGCAUCAAUGCCCAACCUGCCAUCCAGUUCCCCUCUAGCCACCACCUCUCUGGAGAAUGCUAAGCCACAAGUCAAACCUGGUUUCCUGCAGUUCCAAGAAAAUGAUCCAUGUUUGGCUACUGACUGUAAAUACUCCAAUAAGUUCCACUUCCACUGCUUGUUUGGAAAUUGCAAGUAUGUGUGCAAGACCUCUGGAAAGGCAGAAUCCCAUUGCUUGGACCACAUCAACCCGAACAACAACCUGGUCAACGUCCGCGACCAGUUUUCCUACUACUCUCUUCAGUGUCUCUGUCCCAACCAGCACUGCGAGUUCAGAAUGAGGGGCCACUAUCACUGUCUGCGGCCCGGCUGCUUCUUUGUCACUAACAUCACCACCAAGCUGCCGUGGCACAUCAAGAAGCAUGAGAAGGCAGAGCGUCGCGCCGCUAAUGGCUUCAAAUAUUUCACCAAGAGGGAGGAGUGCGGGAGGCUGGGUUGUAAGUAUAACCAAGUCAACAGCCACUUCCACUGCAUCCGCGAGGGUUGCCAGUUCUCCUUCCUCCUCAAACACCAGAUGACCUCACACGCACGCAAGCACAUGAGGCGGAUGCUGGGGAAGAACUUUGACAGAGCCCCAUCCCAGGUGAUGUCACUCGGCCGCAGGGCGGAUGAGAUGCAGCAGCAGGCAUCGGGUAUGGUGCACGGGUCCAUAACGAGCCAGCCUGGCAUCAGCUCCAACUUCUCCAACAUCAUGGAUGAGAAUGAUGACUACAUGGACUACAUGGGUGGAGGAGGCAGCCCCUUGGGCCUCUCCUCCGAAUCCUCUAACCAGGACCGAAGCUGCACCAGCACACCUGUGGGCAAUGACAGCUCUCCGGCAGGACAAGGCUGCCCCACCACCACUUCUGCUCCUACCACCCCUGCUGACACUAGCGCUACCCAGAAUGCACCUCCUUCUUCCUCUCCUCCUCCACCACCACCACCACCGCCACCUCCUCUUCCUCCUCCUCCUUCCGCUCUUCAGCCUGGCCUGCAGUCCCAGGCCCCAUCCCUCUCUCCUGCUCUCCUCCGACCCCCUCUCCCCUCACUCCCAUACCUCCUCUCUCCAUCCUGUCUGUCAUACUCUCUGCUCAGCGCCUCUCUGGGAGCCACUCGGAGUGUUGUCAUGCCAACCAACACACCAGCUUUCAGCCCCAUCAUUGCCACUCCGUCUCCGGUUAAAAAUGACGUCCCUAUAGUGCAGGAUGCUGCAGGCAACACCAUCUCCAUUCCCACGGCCACUGGUGCAAAGAAGCGCUUCUGGAUCAUCGAGGACAUGUCCCCGUUUGGCAAGCGCCGAAAGACCGCAUCGUCACGUAAGAUGCUGGACGAGGGGAUGAUGCUGGACGGAUUCCGGCGCUACGACCUCUACGAGAACUGCAAGGACUCCAGCUGCCAGUUUUCUCUAAAGGUCACCCACUACCACUGCACUCGUGAGAACUGUGGCUACAAGUUCUGCGGCCGCACCCACAUGUACAAGCACGCCCAGCACCACGACCGCGUAGACAACCUGGUCCUGGACGACUUCAAGCGCUUCAAGUCUUCGCUCAGCUGCAACUUUCCUGACUGCCAGUUUUCAGGCAACAGCACCCACUUCCACUGUCUGCGCUGUGGUUUCCGCUGCACCGACAGCACCAAGGUGACGGCCCACCGCAAGCACCACGGCAAGCAAGACGUGAUCAGCGCUGCUGGCUUCUGCCAGUUCAGCUCCAGCGCGGACUGCGAGGUUCCUGACUGCAAGUAUAAGCUCAAGUGCUCACACUUCCACUGCACCUUCCCCGAGUGUAAGCACACAGUGGUUGGCAUGUCCCAGAUGGAUUCCCACAAGAGAAAGCAUGAGAAGCAGGAGCGAGGCGAGAUUCCGUCUGUGUCGCCGAAGCAGGAAGCGGCGCACCACCUGGGAGGAAAUGUGGCGGCAGUCCCUCCAUCCUCCAUGGGUCUGUCUACUUCCUCACACGGUGGCCUCCACGGUUUGUCCCACAACAUCAACACCAGUACUCCUUCCAUGAUCUACCAGACAGGCGGCAUUGCUUCUGACUAUAACCACUCAUACCCGCCAUCCUCCAUCAACUUGGACAGCUCCCUCAACCUGGGCACAGACACCAGCAGCUCACUGUUUUUCCUGAAGAACGCCGCCGGUCUGGGCCUCAGCGACUCCCUGGACCUCAGCAAGAAGAUCCACCACGACGCAGCGCGAUCAGCCCACAACCUCUCAACCCAGCUGGGCCUACCGGCAGCUCAGGACGACACCACGGGAACAUCCGGGGAGGCCGAAGAUGACAUGUCACCAGAGGAGGAGGUGCAGGCGGAGGAAGAGGACGAAGAAGAGGAGGAGGAUGAGGAGGAAGAGGAGGCAGAGGACGAUCUCAACACUGACUCAAACGAUGAUUCGAUGGCGGAGCCUGACGGCGAAAAAGACAAUGGCCAGAGUUUCGAUGCUUCCGUUAACCACACUGAUGCUUCCCAACUGGAAAAGCAAGAAGAUGCUGACCCAUAAAAAACAAAAAAAAAACACAAAAAAACAACCAAACUGAGUUUAAGAACUGCAGAAAAAUUCUGUGUACUAUGAAUAAACGAAAAAUGAAAGUGGCCUCAUUUAUCAUGUCGAGAGACUUCGGACGACGACAAAAAACAACGAGAGCGUGGCGAGAAUGAUGGCCCGAAACGAUUUAUUAUGAUGUUUACAAGAUGACCAACAUUAUUAAUUCAAUUAUGCAUUAAAGGAAAAAAAAGAUUACGAAUGGAGACACACAGAGUUAGGGCCCUGUUUCACACAUGGGACAGCAAUGUAAAGCAUUUUACUACACAUCAGUCUUUUUGUGUGCGUGCAUGUUUGACUUUAAUUUAUUUUCAUUUUUUCACUUUUUUUGUGUGUGGACAAAAAAGAAAAAAAAAACACGUUAGAAAAACAAAAACAAAUCUCUCUAUAUAACUAUAUAUGUAAGUGUGUGUGUGUGCGUGCGUGCGCGUGUGUGUGGAAGAUAAUAUACAAAGGAAAUUGCUGGCACAGGCGACAUGAACUGCAGAGCCGUGGAUACAUAGAAAAAGGGACAUGAAUCACUAAGGGAAAAGGAUGUGUUUCAAACGUUUGAUCUUUUUUCUGUAUUAUUUUAUUAUUAAUUAUUAUUAUUAUUAUUAUUAGACACUGAGAGAAAGGGGUUACAUUUUGCUUGUUCCCAUCUCUUUGGUAUUUUUUUUUCUCCUUUGUUCUCAAUGAUACGUGGACUCGACCUGUAGCUGUUCGGUCGGUCUCAGCUGCAGUCAGGCGUCCUUUCAAGCCGCCAACCUCGACAGUUCUCUCUGACAUUCUGCUAGAAGUGUUUUCAACUAGCACCGACUCCAAGCUUAAACCUUUGUAAUUUUUAGCCCCAAUGUGCAGGAAUCAAGUUUGUGCGUGGGUAGUGCACUUUUCUAUUAGCUGACCAUGAUGAUAGAUAAGUCAUAAGUAUAUUUAAAAAAAAAUAUUUUUGUUACCAUUUGCAUCUUUGCAUUAAAAAAAAAAUUGUCCUUUUUGUUGUGUUGUUAUAGUCGGAAGCAUAUCGUUCUGUAAGCCGGAGAGGUCUUGAUUAACGCCCGGCAAGUCACGCGGGGGAUGUUUGGUUGUUGGAGGGGCGGGUGGGGGCUUCAAGACUGACCAGAGGAAAUGAUGAGUCACUCAGAUGCAGCAGCGGGAGGGGUCGGGGUGGGGUAGGGGUGGGAUAUAGAGGAAGUGUCAGGGAGUGUGUUUUAUGUUGAAACUGUACAGACCGAAAAUGUCUCACAAAAAAAAAAAACUGAAAAAAAAAAAACGGCAUUUUUGUUUUCCAUUCACUAUGGCUGUGGUUGAGCUCCUGUUGUAAUGGUUUUUAUUUAAUAUUUAUGUGACCUUCCAAAUGAGAAAUUUUUAGAGUGUUAUUGCACUUUUUAGGUUCAUUUUUACCGUCUGGGGAAUGAAAAAAAAGGAAAAAAAAGAAUGAUAUAUAUCUUUUAACAGGGAAUUUGCUUUAAAGAUGUUGUUUUAGUUCACUUUUUUUUUUUUUUUUUGCUUUGAUGCACAAAUAGAUGUUAGUGUGACAAAGAACUGUUGUUCUGUGGUUUAUUUAAAGAUUGGUUUUUAUUUUUUGCUUCUUCUGUGAUUGGACAGUACAAGAAUUUUAAAAAAAAGGAAAAAAGCAACGACAACAUAAAAAAAAAGGAAGGAAACGCGGUGCGUCGGGGAAACGGCGCCCCUGUAUGAAACACUAAUACGGACUGUGAUUUCAAUUAAUUCUUAAGGAGUUCAUAGCAAUGCUCACUUACUGUAGUACUAAAUUAUAAACCUGUCUAAACCACCCUCUGGUUUUUAUUGAGCGAAUAUGUACGACUGAGGAGUGGACACACUGAUCAUGAAUUAUCUCCUGAGCUUAGCAUUGGAUAUAAAUGAUCACAAUAUAGGGAUAAAUAAUGUGUGUAGAUGAUAUUCCUCCAGAUAUUGUUUUGAGAAGAAGAAGAAGAAGAAGAAAAAAAAUAAGGUUGUACAGUAUUUUCCUCUGUAAAAAAUGACUAUAUAUGAACAAAAUGCUCUUUGAUGAACAGCUUCCUUUAAAAAGAAAACGGUAAAAAAGGAGAAAUGAAUAAUAAAAAGUUAAAAAUUCAAAUAGCCUCAUCAUAGUUUGCUUGUGUGCGUGACCUCUCUUAAUUAGAAGUUGUUCAUAUUAUAGCGGCGGCGGGAUGCCGUUACUUGCCGUAUAUUUUAUUUCUUUUCUCUCAAACUAAAAAUACACUGAUUUGAAUUCAUUCAUGGAUGUUUCUCUCUUAUUUAUUGAUUCAUUUGAUUCAUUGUCAUUUUUCUGUGCAUGAUUCCCCCACCCCCCACCCCCCGCUCACACACACACAAACACACACACCCACCCCUCCAAUCCCUCUCAUUAACUGAAAAUCUUGGUUUGUAUUUACUUUGCUGUGGGCGCAGACUGAACUGUCUCCCGGGACUCUGUUGCAGAGCAGAGGCAUUUACUACGUUUGUUUUGUUUUCUCUUCAUUUGCUGAGAUAACUGCAGGGGCUGGGAGAUGUUGUGUACUUGAAUUCAGUUUAGUGUGUGUGCAGGUGUGUGUGUGGGUGUGAAAUUUUGUUAAAAAAGGAAAAAAAAAGUAAGAAAAUAAAGACGCUGUAAUUAUUAUGACGCAUGAUUGGUAAUGCUUCAGCCUGAGGUCAUUUUUAGUCACGUGUAGGGGGAAAGCUGCUGCUGCUGGACAACAGCAGGGCAAAAGCAGCACUCCUUUUUUCCCCUCUGUGUCAGUGAUACUACUGAAGUGUGUGUGUGUGUGUGUGUGUGUCCUACUGAGAGAGACUGAUAAGCUGUGACUGUUCUGCCCCACCUACUCAAACCUGCAGUUCAAUCCAUAACCUCAUUUUCCUGCUUGUUCCUCUAUAAACUCAACUUUUUUUUCACCAAAAUAGAUGAAAACACACACAUAAAAAGAAAGAAAAAACAUCUGCAUUCAUGCAGGUAGAGGAAUCAACAAUAUUUGUUGUCAGGGUUGUUCAUUCUUCACAUUCUGGUGUGAGAACAGGAUCAAAGCGAGGACCAUUACUGAGAUUUAGAGGUCUGCUACUGCUAACAAGAUGGCUCUCUGUGUCUUGCUCACUGGUAACAGGGCACAUUUAUUAUUAUUACUUUUUUUUUUCUCUCUUUAAGCCAUGUGCUGGUGUCUCCUCCCAAUCCUUCAUGUCACCCAGUGGCCAGUGACUCUGUCUGUCCCCUCGUCUACAGCUGUUCCUGUCCUUCCUCCUUCUCUUCCUUGUGAUGUUUUUUUUUUUUUAAUAAAAAAAGAGAAAAAAAAGCACGGGUAAAGGCAUCACCAUCUGUCAGCCAGCUGGUAUCCUGUAUAUAAUCUACCAGGGAAAAAAAAAAAAAAAAGAAUAAACAUGAAAAUUAUAUUACACAAAAACCAGACGGAAACGACCUCCAAAUCCUGCAUAGGCUGCUGCUGAAA